UCAGCCGCAGACAUUAGUGCUAGGAAGAUGGCGCACCCGGCGAUGUUUCCUAGAAGGGGCAGCAGCAGUAGCAGCGGCAGCAGCUGCGUUACUGCUCCCACUGCACCAGGUACCGGCGUUGGGAGCGCUGCCCUCUCUGCCGAGGAUUAUCAGCCGCCUUUGCUGGUCCAGCCACCGCCUCCAUCUCCUGCAGCAGCUUCAUCAGCGGGUCCACAGCCGAUACCCCCUCCUCCACAAAGCCUGAACCUCCUCUCGCAGUCUCAGCUCCAACCACAGCCUCUUGCACAGACUGGAGCUCAGAUGAAAAAGAAAAGUGGCUUCCAAAUUACCAGUGUGACCCCUGCUCAAAUAUCAGCUAGUAUGAGCUCUAAUAACAGCAUAGCCGAGGAUACAGAAAGCUACGAUGACCUGGAUGAGUCUCACACUGAAGACCUGUCAUCUUCAGAGAUCUUGGAUGUGUCUUUAUCCAGGGCCACUGACUUGGGAGAGCCUGAGAGGAGCUCCUCUGAAGAGACUCUAAAUAACUUCCAAGAGGCAGAGACUCCUGGGGCUGUUUCUCCAAAUCAGCCUCAUCUUCCUCAGCAGCAUGCUCCUCUUCCUCAUCACCCACAGCAGAGUGUUGUGAUCAAUGGAAGUGUUCAUCCCCAUCACGUUCAUCAUCACCACCAUCUUCACCACCACCAUCAUGGACACCAUCAUCCAUCGCAUCCUGGCGUAGGUAGUGCCCCUAUUUCUGGAGGACCACCGCCCAGUCCAUCUUUUAGAAAACUAUCAACAACUGGAAGCUCUGACAAUGUUAUAUCAACUGCACCAGUUUCUGCUGCAUCAUCCACUGGUUCCCCGGCACCUGCCGUGUCUAAUAUACGCACUACAAGUACUCCUGGCAAUUUAGGUGUAAGUCCUGCUACUGGAACUAGUACCUUAAAUAAUAUGGGUGGUGGUAGUUCUAGUGUGGCAAGCAAUGUGCUUGGUACUAUAAAUUUAAGCAACAUCACGAGUACUGGUAAUGUAAAUGCUUUGUCUGGAACUAGCAGCAGUGCUAAUGUGAAUAUCUUGAGUGGUGUUGGCAAUGGUACGAGUGCUUCCUCUAGUGUCAUUAACAAUGUUACUAAUCCAACUGCAGGAAUGGCAGCGGGAUCAAGCCCGCAGCCGGCUGCAUCUGGCACGUCAAGGUUUAGGGUUGUAAAAUUAGAUUCUAGUUCUGAACCUUUCAAGAAAGGUAGAUGGACAUGCACUGAAUUCUAUGAUAAAGAAAACACUGUUGCAGUUUCAGAAGGAGUAGCAGUAAACAAAGCAGUAGAGACGAUAAAACAAAACCCGCUUGAAGUGACUUCUGAAAGGGAGAGCACCAGUGGGAGUUCUGUUAGCAGCAAUGUAAGCACACUGAGUCACUAUACAGAAAGUGUGGGAAGUGGAGAAAUGGGAGCACCUACUGUGGUACAGCAGCAAGCGUUUCAAGGUAUGGGUCCACAGCAGAUGGAUUUUAGCAGUGCUGCUCCUCCAGCAAUUCCAGCAUCUAGUAUACCACAGAGUGUUUCUCAAUCACAGCUUGCACAAGUCCAGCUGCAUUCUCAAGAAGUAAACUAUCCACAGCAGAAGCCAGGGGUCCAACCCCCUGCACAGGCCAGUCUAACCACUGUUACUGGGGUUCAGCCAGCCCCGGUUAAUAUACUAGGUGUAUCCCCAUCCCUGGGCCACCAGCAACCUGCCAUUCAGAGUAUGGCUCAACAGCAGCUGCCGUACUCCCAGCCGGCGCAGCCUGUGCAGACUUUGCCAGUGGUGCAGCAGCAGCAGUUGCAGUAUGGACAACAGCAACAACAGCAGCAGCAACAGCCGGUUCCUACGCAGAUGGCCGGAGGUCACGUUAAGCCGGUGAACCAAAACUCUGUCACGGGGGCUAUGCCGGACUACAUUCAACAUCAGCAGAUCCUUCAGACUCCAGCCCCUGCCAUGCAGCCAAGUUCUACGGGAGUAGGAGCUGGGCAGCCGGUUCCUGUUGCCCAGGCACAGGGCAUGCAGCCUUCAGUGCAAGCACAUCCAGCUGCUGCCCCAGCUCAGCCUGUUGCUCAUGCUCCAGCAGCAAUACCAGGUGUAGCUGCCAGUGGUCAAAUGCUGAAUGUUGGGCAGCAGGGAAGCGUAGCUGCUGUGGUGCAACCACCCUCUGCUGCAAACCAAAUUCCACCUCCAGUUAUGCCGUCAACGGCUGCUCCUCCAUCUUCCCAAGUAGUGCAGCCUGUGCAGACAGGAAUAAUGCAGCAGGGAUUACAGGCUAGCGCUUCAGGCCUUCCUCAGCAAAUGGUCAUUGCUCAGCAAAACACCUUGUUACCUGUACAGCCGCAGGCACAAGGAGUGGAAUCUGUAGUCCAAGGGAUGGCUGGCCAGCAGCUGUCUGCGGUUAGCCCUAUACCCUCAGCUAGUACUGUUCCUGCAGCAAGUCAAGCUGGUUCAGCUGUGCCUCCUGGCAUACCUUCUGCUUCUGUAGGUUUGGGACAGCCACAGAAUAUAGCACAGGCUUCGGCUGUGCAGAAUGGCAAUUUGGCUCAAAGUGUUAGUCAGCCUCCCUUGAUAUCAACAAGUAUAGGUAUGCCAGUGGCACAAAGUGUGCCACAGCAGAUGCCACUAAGCUCUACCCAGUUCCCCGCACAAUCACUAGCUCAGUCCAUUGUAAGCCAAAUUGAAGACGGCAGACGCCCUACAGAACCUUCGUUGGUGGGUUUACCUCAAGCUGCCAGUGUCGAGAGUGGUGUUGGAGCAUCAGCUGUUUCAGAUGGCGGUAGCAGCAACAUGCCAUCGUCUGCAUCCCUCUUUCCACUGAAGGUGCUGCCGUUGACGACGCCUCUCGUAGAUGGUGAGGAUGAGAGUUCAACUGGAUGGUGGCGCAUAGAUCCUGCGGUGGGUUUGCAGAGCCUGCACCUAUUUCUAGAGCCAUAAAUUCUUCCUGCUCCAGCUAAAAGGAUCCCAUCAGAGCCUGCUCUUGACGUAAAUCAGCAAACUCGACAGUACUGUGACUGAGAAGAGCUGUUGGAUAUUCAACUGCUUAAGCUUGUUUAACAUCUCAACUCGGUAGCAUGAACGGCUUCCGGUGAUUGAUGUGAGGCAACAAAAAAAACUUUCCCCAAAAUUUCUGUAGGAGGGAUUCAGGUACUUUCUAUGCUCUUUUCUAGACAUCUUUUUUUUGUUCUUUUAAAUCUUCAGAAGAGCAAAGGAGUAUUUAUUAACAUUUCUUAUCUCAAAACACAGGAAGAUUUUGUUCAGCCUGAAAUACAUACAUAUAUGUAAGAAUCUAUCAGGCUGCUGGUUUUGAUAGCUAGAUCACAAAGGUUAGCAGUCUCAUUUAUUCUUUACACUUCAAGAUAAGUCUGUUCAAGGGAAGAGGUACAUAUAAAAGCAUAAAAAUUAAAGUGUUCUCCUUUUCUUGGAGAGAUACCAUGACCUUGAUGUAAGAAGAGGAAUUUAAAAGCACGUCAUUCCUAACAGCAUGUUUCAGAUUGAUCUUCCAUAAACUGUUAAUCUGUUUCUGUAAGGAAAACACCAAUGGAUGAAGUCCUCAUAAUGCCUUUUUUUUUUUCCUUAAAUUUCGCAUUGGAUCUUUGUCUCUUCUGCUUAUGAGGAGACAUGACUCAAGACCAAGUACUCAUCUCUUCUACACUUCUGAUCUCAUAUGGUUUAGUAUAUUGAAGGCCACGUGGGGUCUUUUUCCAGUGAAUAGCAUCUUCCACUGUGAAGGAGGUUUCCUCACAGAGGCCCUAGGCAGAUUCCUGUUUGAAGGAAACCAUGCUGCUUCAGCUGAAUUGAUUUGCUCUGAUACCUUCUGUUGCUUUGAACUGGAAAGGAGUAUUGACUUCAGAAGUGUUAGUAGGCUUCAAUGCAUCACCAGAAAUUGAGCUGUUAGUGCUGUGUAUGGCAUUGUAAUUAUGAAUUAUAAGUAAUUAGUAUUAGCAACUUGCAAUACCUUGAAUCUCAGAGACUUUUCAAGUUAUCUGGUUAAAAAGAAUAUUCUAUUCACAAAAGAGAGUCUUUUAGAAGAAAUGUGCUUUUACUGCUAUUGUCCUUCCAUGACAUUUUUCUUAGCCAGCGAGUACAGAGCAGUAGAAACUUGGAUUCAAGAUGUUCUGUUUAUUGUAUUUUCUCUUUAGUUUUUAUCUUGUGUCCUCUCCUUUGCUUGAAGAAGGGAGUACAAACAUCAACCUGGAGACAUCUCUUGGCCAAGUACAUUUUUGUGUGUGUUCAUCAGUUAUUCUUCCCAAACAGGAAGAGUUCCUUUCACAAAAACAUGCAUAUGGGAUGAAAAGACAACCUGACUCUCUAAUCUUUGAAAGCUGGUCUGAAAUAAUCAAAAAGGCAAUGACUUGUCAAAUUGAAAGUUAUAGGAACACAUCUUGGUCUCAUGUUGUUGAGAAGUCAUGAAAUUCCACUAAAAAACAACUAAUUAUUUAUGUGAAACACUCUAUUUGGACUAAAAACUCGUACCUUAGAUUGAGAUACCGUCACCAUAUUCAUUGUCCUCAGAGGAAUCAAGAAGCAGAGUAUCCUUCUGCAUGCACAAGCAGUUUCUCUAGAAGCAGUUUGCUGAUGAUUCUGUUUUAAUUACUGUAGCGUAUCAAGGUCUGUCCUUGAUGGCUUUAUGUGUCACUUUAAAAGAAAAAAUAAAUACUGUAUGCUACUCAAACUGCAAAAAUUGCUGUGGUUUUAAUGACAAAACCUAGCAUUUCUUUCCCCAUCUUCUUGUAUUAUUUUAGCACGAUGAAAGAAAGCUUCUCUGAACAGGGGAAAGCUUGUAAUUGAAGAACAUGUGAGAUACCUAACCAAAUGAAGCUAUUUUGUUUAGGUGUGUGCUCUAAAAGAGAGGAUGAAGAAACACCACCAAUUGCCCUAAAAUGAAUUAAGUGAAAUUGCAUCAAACAUGAUGAGUAAUGUACCUUCUUGGUUAACUGUUGGAUCAUACUCUACCUGGUGUCUUAGGAGCAAGGAAGAGCACUCUAGGUAAAAUGAUGAAGCCUCAUCUGAGGGCACACAGCUCAGUGGCUGCCCUACAUGCAAAUGCCAUACACUGUGCUGUUGUGCAGAGGGUACUGUGAUGGAUAACAACCCGUAAAUGCACACGUGAGCAGCUGUGCAUGUAACUGUUUUAAGUCCAGUGACUUCUGGUUCUAUUUUGUUGCAUAUUGGCUCCAUGAUACUGAUAAUGUUUCACAGGAGUCUUAGCAGCUUUCAGUAUUUGUGAAGAAAAUUUCAGCUCUGUUAUGCAUUAUAUUUUUGUUGUUCAAGUAAUGACAUUAAAGUCCUGGGACAUCUAGGUUUUCAGGGAAAAAGAGGAAUAUUUUAGAAAUCCAGAAACCUGAUGCGGGAACUUGGGUAGGUUCUUAGCUUCCACAACAGUCAUUAUGUGCCUGGUUAAAUUUGAGUUUGUCACAACAGCAUUAAACUGCUGCCAGUGUUUGAUCAAUCUGAUUUUACAAAUAAAGUAGAAGACUUGAGAUGAGAGUAAGGCCUUUACAGAGGAGUUGGGAGUGGUAUUAGGAAGUCAUUGGUGAGGGAAACAUUUCAGGUAAGUAUGAUGAUUUUUUCUUGAAGAGAUUAUGGGGAGACGUUCACUGCAUUGCAAUAGAUGCCAAUUUAAUUCACUUGAGAGCAAGUGAACAGAGGAGAGAUUUGGAUUUUUUUCCAAGAACUGAGCACUUAAAUUUUUUUCACCCCCACCUACAUCUACUUGCAACAAACUGAGAGAACUUUCUGGACAAAACAUCUUAUGAUUGAUCUCAUCUACUGGUAGAUGUCUUAAAAGUCUUGAAAGUUCACAGCUCAACACUAUGGGUUUGGGGUUUUUUUGGCAUCAGAGCAUGAAAACACUGCAUGUCUAGUACCCAUCUCUUGUCAUCCUCCCCUAUUGCAGUGACUGUGUAUGUCUCUUUGUGGCAGAAAAUGAGGAAAUGCAGGUCAUUAUCCAAGAAGUUACCAACUAGCACUUUUCCUUCCC